AUGGAAGGAGAGCAGCAGGGAGUGGAGGCGAAGGAGGAGGUGUUCGAGGGCAUGAAGUCGUUCGCCGUGGAAGAUACCGAGGGCCAGCGGGCCUUCUUCGACACUUACGGCUUUGUCGUCGUGAGGGACGUCCUCGACUCCACCGAAGUCGACGCGACCGUCGACGAGAUCUGGACCGACACUGAGGCGCUGGCCAACCGAGCCAAGUUUGAUGGUACCAAGGCCUCUGGUCAGCUGGUCUCGCCACUGGAAGGGGACACGCUGCUGUCGAGGGACGACCCGAACACGUGGAAAACGUGGCCGAGCAUGGGCAUGGGCAUCCUGGGCGGCGACAUUGCCGCUGGGCCGCAGGCGUGGACCAACCGACAGCACCCACGCGUGCACCAGGUCUACGCCAACCUCUUCGGCACCGAGAAACUCAUAUCCUCCGUCGAUCGGUACGGCAUCAUGCGGCCGACGAAGAACGUCAAGAUGAUGAAGAAGAGGAAGAGCGUGGACGCCGAGGGGAACGAGGUGGAGGUGGUCGAGGAGGUGGUCAAGGACCGGCCCAACUGGCAGACCACCGAGCAGUGGUUCCACUGGGACCUCGCCGUCUGGGCCUGGUUCGGCCUCGCACCCUGCCCCGACCCACAGAAAGAGCAGGACAUCCACGACGGAUGGCUGAUGUCAGGUGCGAUGAAGUUCAUCACCGAGAACAACGGCACGGUGGACUUUAAGGGCUACGAGAAGAUGCAGGGCCUCCUGGCCCUCUCGGACAGCACCGAGGAGGACGGCGGCUUCGAGACAGUGCCGGGCUACCACAAAUUCCUGGAGACAUGGGCCAAGCAGACGCCCAUCUUCAACAAGGGCUCGUUCGUGUACGUGCCCAAGGAGGACCCGCUGCGUGAGCACUCGCAGAAGAUCACCGCACGCAAGGGAUCGUUGGUGGUGUGGUCGUCGAGGAUGCCGCAUUGCAACUACCCCAACACGGGUCCCAAUUUCCGCUUCGUGCAGUACCUCAAGAUGUUCCCCGCCGUGGUCAUGCCCCCGACCAACUCCUCCAUCUGGAGCGUGAGGGCUCAGGUUCUGCGCCACCGGCUGCCGCAGGGGUUCGAGCCAAGCGAGCUGGGCCAGCUGGUGUUUGGCCUGCAGCCAUGGGAGGGCCUGGAAGCCAAGGACAACAAGAAGUGCCUCCUCAUGUAG